GCGGAGCAGAGUCGCACUUUGGACUUGCUGAUCCACUCGCACUGCUCCCGCGCCGAGCUCCUCAGCGAUGUGGGUACCGAGCUGACCUACCGCAUGCCCUUCGAGGAAAGCGGAAACUUCCCAAAGCUCUUCGAAAGCUUGGAGACUCGUCCCGAGAGCUAUGGAAUUCAGCUCUUUGGCGUCUCCGUGACGACCCUGGAGGAGGUCUUCCUCCGCGUGGGCCGUGAUCACACCGAAGCCGACAUCGCGGCGGACGAGCGUUUGCAGCAGGCGAGCUUCGUGCGGCAGAUCUCCGCGGAGAGGGAGGAGCGUGCUCUGGGUUCCUUCACGCAGCGCACUGAGGAGCAGAGAAGUAGCGGCUCUGCGAUGGCCGAGCCGCUGACCGCAGAGAGGAGGCCAGAUCCUUCUGUGAGCUUCCAACGACAUGUCCAUGCGAUGCUUGUCAAGCGCUUUCACAACGCACGGAGGGAUCGGAAGGCCUGGUGUUGUCAGAUCGUCUUGCCCUUGAUCUUUCUCCUCAUGGCGCUCAUGACCAUGCGCUUCGCUGGCAUCGGAGACUACGAG